AACUUCAUAACUCAUCCAACAAAGUUAAGUCACUUGGAACAAAAAAACUUUCUUGAUACAGCUAUUACCUCGUCAAACAAUGCCAUUUCAUCGCCGCCAUUCCCUUUUCCUCUUCUUACUCAUCACACUGUCAUCCAUAACGAACCAUGCAGAUGCGCGCCAUCUCCUAGAGUCGCAUGUGCCUGAGGUUCCCAAGCCCGAAAUCCCAUCUAUGCCCAAGCCUGAGUUGCCAUCGUUGCCUAAGCUUGAGGUCCCAACAUUACCCAAGCCUGAGCUGCCACCGUUGCCUAAGCCUGAGAUUCCAACACUGCCAAAGCCCGAGCUUCCAACACUACCAAAACUAGAGGUACCUGUGUUGCCAAAGCCCGAACUUCCAGCACCACCCAAGCCUGAAUUACCGACAUCGCCUAAGCCAACACUAGAAAAGGCUGAAUCACCAAAGCCUACACUACCUGAAAUACCAAAGCCUCAAAUGCCAGAGCUACCAAAGCUGCCAGAAUUGCCAAAACCUGAGAUCCCGGCUGUCCCUAAGCCUGAGGUACCAACAUUGCCAAAACCUGAGAUCCCAACUUCACCUAAGCCUGAGGUUCCAACAGUGCCAAAACCUGAGGUACCAACUUUGCCUAAGCCAGAGAUCCCGACUUUGCCAAAGCCUGAACUUCCAACACUACCCAAACCAGAGGUACCGGCAUUGCCUAAGCCAACACUUGAAAAAGCUGAAACGCCAAAGCCUACUCUACCUGAAAUACCAAAGCCUCAAAUGCCAGAAUUGCCAAAACCAUCAGUGCCAGAGCUACCAAAGCUCCCUGAAUUGCCAAAACCAGAACUUCCAGCUGUCCCUAAGCCCGAGGUUCCAACAUUGCCAAAACCCGAGGUCCCAACUUUGCCUAAGCCUGAGUUGCCAACUCUACCUAGGCCAGAAAUGCCAAAGCUGCCUGAACUUCCGAAGAUUCCAGAACUGCCUAAACCAACUUUGCCAGAAGGACCCAAAUCCCGUUGAUUUGCAUCGACAUAUAGAGGAGCAUAUCAUCAAGAAUCAAGUUCCGGAGAUCGACUUACUGUGGAGGGAUGCAUAAUAUUAGAAUGAUCGACUUAUAUUGUCGUUGCUGUUUACUUUUCUUAUUGUUUUCCAAUUUGUCCUUCUAUUAUAUGUAAGCUUGCUUGUAUGUUCUGGCUGUUUACAGUUUGUAAUUCUGUGUUAAUGUAAUUUAAUAUAUAUUCAUGAUUGAUUCAGGUUUUCAGUUAUAA